GCUGUGACGUGUAAACAGGAAAUGGCCACGCAAGCGAGUGGAAUCAUAACAUUGCAUCUGAAGUCUCUCUACUCAUCCUCUUUUCCUCUUUUCCUUUAACUCCAGCUCUUUAAUCCAACCAUCUCCAUGGCGGCUGUUUCUUACUAUCUCUGACGAACGGAAGGUUACAGUUUAGGUGGAACAUGUUGUCAGCGUGAUGCUGUGAGAUGAGAACAUGUUGCUGGUCGCUGUGAGAGCUAACAGACAGCAGCAGCAGCAGCUAGCUAGUGAUGUCUGUCACCCUGCAAAAUGACAAGAUGACGAGCAGAGCAGUGAGACGGUUAGCUAACAGCAUGUGACACACACAAGCUCUCUCUGGUCACACCCCCUCCCCCUCCCAAACACUGUUGGUUUCAAAGAUGCCUCGUCUGGAAGAGUUGGCCAACGUUGCCCUCAGGGUGCCGAGCAUACUGGUGCUGGACCUGCUCUAUAAAUGUGACAUUGACGGUUUGACGGAGCACCUCAGGGCCAAAAACGAAGACCUGCUCUUCAAGUACAAAUAUGUCAUCUGGAACAUGUACUACAUUGGUCAUCUGAUAAACGUGGUGGUGUUGGUUCUGCCAUUGAGACACAUUGUGACGCUCUACCUCCAUAUCCUCGCCGCCCUUCUCCUAUACAUGGGGCAUCAGAUUUCCAAGGAUUAUGUUCGUGAGGAGCUCCAGUACGGUUAUGAAGGAGCGGUGUACCUUGAUUCUCUGGCCUUCAACAGAUUUGUCUCUGCAAUGACGAGUCAGAUUAUUCUCAGCACGCUGUGUGCCUUCCUGAUGAAGACCAGAAAGGUGUGGUUGUUCUCCGCUCACAUGCUCCCACUGCUGGCCCGACUCUGCGCUGCUCAUCACGCCACGCUGUUAACCGUCAACACUCUCUCCAUGGGGCUGACCGCAGCGGGGAUCACCGUGUUCCUCCUCUCACAUCUCUUCGUGCCAUAUCGCCUCGCAAAGGCUGCCUAUUCAGAGCUGCUGCAGCUGGAGGUGAUCGAGCUGUACAGACUUCUGGCUGUGGGAAUCUCUCUGUGGAACCAGUUUGCCGUCCCAGUGCUCUUCAGUGUCUUCUGGUUUGUUCUGUUCAUCGUCCAGCUGUGCUCAGACACCAUGUCUGGCAACGCCUCAGCGGGCCAUCAGGGAAUCAUGUUCUUCCUGCUCACAAGUGUUUCUGAGUGUUGUGCCACCCCGUACUCUCUUCUGGGUCUGACCUUCGUGGUGUCCUAUCUCGCUCUUGGACUGCUCAACCUAUGCAAGUGCUACCUGGGAGGUUACAUAGCUGUUCAGAAUGAGAACGUCAUGCACAGAGGCGUGACCGAAGGCGUCACUCUGCUCCUCCUCGCUCUUCAGACGGGCCUGUUAGAUAUGCAGGCACUGCAGCGCACCUUCCUCCUCAGCAUCAUCCUCUUCAUCGUGGUGACGUCAACUCUUCAGUCGAUGAUCGAAAUAACAGAUCCAGUCAUUCUGGCCCUGGGUGCCUCCCGCAACAGGAGUGUGUGGAAACACUUCCGUGGCCUCAGCAUGUGUCUGCUUCUGCUGGUUUUCCCCGUGUUUAUGGCUUAUAAAAUCUCCCAGUUCUUCCACAUGGACUUCUGGCUGCUUAUACUGGUGUCCAGCUGCAUGCUGACUUCCCUUCAGGUUACAGGCACUAUGCUGAUCUACUCCCUCUUCAUGGUGGAGCUGUUCCGCAGCGACCCGAUCGAGAGCCUGGACGAAGUGAUCUACUGGGUGAACGCCGUCAGCAGGGUGCUGGAGUUCGUGGUGGCGCUCUGCGUGGUGGCGUACGGCACCUGGGAGUCGCUGUUCGGCGAGUGGAGCUGGAUGGGCGCCUCCGUCAUCAUCAUCCACUCGUACUUCAACGUCUGGCUCAGAGCUCAGUCCGGCUGGAAGAGCUUCCUGCUCAGACAGGAAGCGGCGAAGAAGAUCAACUCCCUCCCUAGAGCCACGGCUCAACAGCUGCAGCAGCACAACGACGUCUGUUCCAUCUGCUUCCAGGAAAUGAGCUCUGCUGUGAUCACAUACUGCGGACAUUUCUUCCACGGCAACUGCCUCCGCAAGUGGCUGUACGUGCAGGAGACCUGCCCCAUGUGCCACCAAACGGUCCGACCCACCCCGACAGGUCAGAGCUCGGCUUCAGGCGACGCCCCAGCAGAUCCAGCUCAGAGAGACGCGUGGCUGGAUCCGGCUGCACAACAAGAGGGAGAUCAGAACCGGGACGACGGCGCGACCCAAGAGAUGCAGAGCGACGCUGUAACUCCUGAUGCUGCCGAGGAUGAGCAGGAGGAGACUAAAAGCUUUGAGGAUGGAGAUUGUGCGAGAGAAGAUAAAGACCAAACAGCUGAAGCUCACAGGGAAGCCGUCCAUGGUCUUCGUUUCAGCUCCAGCGGAGACUUUGUUGGAUUUGUCAGCACAGCGUCAAGCUGCUCUUCAGAGGACAUUUCUAGUUCUCAUGUGCUGCUGGGUAAAACCUCUCCUAACAUGCACAACGAGGGCGAGGAGAGUGGCGAGGAUGCACCGCCGUCAUCGACUCUUAAUGACCAAUCUGACUCUAAUGGAGUAGAACUUGAAGACAGCAGUACUUUCUGUCCUAGAGUGCCACAAAACAGUGAACAUGACUGCUGUGAUGGGACAUCUAAAUCAUGGAACGGCCUCGAUUCACCUGAAUCAAACAAAAAUCUCGAGGCAUCAGGUGUGAGCCUCGUCGACAGCCAAACGUCUGUCAAAUCAUGUUAUGAAAACUCAGAACUCUCAGACUGCAUUGAUGACCCUCUAUGUCAUAAAGGUAACGGCACAUGUUCAGACUCGGAUUGACUCAGAGAGGCUGGAACUGUCCCACAGAUCCCCCGGCCGUCCUCCUCAGACGCCACCUUCUCUUGCACAAGCACAGACAACAGUGACUGACUGCCCUCUGCAUCAGUGCCUUGGAAGGGUGUAAAAGGGUGAUCCUCAUAACGGGGAUUUAAACACAUUUGCCUUCUCUCUGUGAACCAAUCAAACAUUUGUCUUUUAUCAGACAGUGUCAUGAAUGUGCUUCAGUUUAGCAAAUAACAUGCAUCUGGUUUGAAUAUAGAGACUAAAUUGUGUCGGGUAAAAAUGAUACCCUCGUUGUACAGAAAUUGUAAAAGGAUAUAUAGAAAUUAUGUGUAACUAUAAAGCAAUUAUCUUGCAUCAAUAUUUACGAAAUUCUAGCAGGUUACAAGUAAAGAUAUUUGCUUAAAGAAAUUAAGUUGCAUUUCAUUCUCUUUUUUUUCCCAGUGUUUCCUGUAGAGCUGCAACGAUUAAACGUCUAAUCGAUAAGUUGAUCGACAGAAAAACAAUCACCAACUAUUCUGCUAAUCGAUUAAAAAGAAGAUUUCCUGUUUUAUAUCAUAUUAAACUGAAUAUCUUUGGUUAACAUUUAGAGACAUCCCCUUGGACUGGGAGGGUCACUAUUUUCUGACAUUUUAUAGAUCAAACGAUUAAUCAAUUAAUCUAGAAAACAACUGGCAGAUUUAUUGAUAAUGAAAAUAAACAUUAGUUGCAGCCUUAGUUUCCUCGUUGUUCUUAUGUUUUGCAUUUUUGUGAAAGCAAUGUGACAAGGAAGGAAAAGCUUCAGCAUUUGUCUUUGUUACUCAUGAAUCAGCCUUUUGUACUGCAAAGGUUCUCUGUCUCCCAGUAUUAUAUACAGUGUAUUUUUUUAAUUUUUAUUUUACUGUAGUUUCUAUAUGAAUAAAUUCAUGACAGAUGCACAGGGAGGCUGACGCUGUGUGCCAGAUUUGUGAAGUCUAAACAGAAUAUUACUUCUGUAGCCGUGAACUAAGAGAGUACAGAUGAAGUUUUUGUCUGAUAUGUUGAUUCAGAGAUAAUAAAGUAUUCUGCAUCACUGUA